AUGAUGAAUCUUCUAAGGAGAUCAGCGUUAUCCAUCGUCUCCGCUUCUGGAUUCGGAAAAUCGGACUCCAAAGGAGCUACUGGACUAUUGUUUGGCUUCCGAAACCAGCUAGCAAGAAUAUCUCGUCCGAAGAGCAUCAAGUCAUCUUCCUUUUCUAGAUCCUUUGCAUCAAGAAGUUCCAAAGAACCUGGCCAACAGCUCAAUAAGGCUAAGAAAGAGUUGACGACUGUGGAGGAUCCUUUUGACUCUCCAACAUACCAUAUCCCGGAGAAGCCGGUGACCUUUACAGAAGGUGCUUCCUACAGUCUUGUUAUUCUGGCUGGGCUUGGGGUCGCUGGAGCUGCUGGGUACAAGAUCUUUGACAAAGCCUUGAAGAGAAUUCAAGAUGACGGGCAGGUGAGGGUACGGAUUGGAUCUCCCAUCAAAGGAUACGGACAAGAAAGCAGAAACCGAGCUGCUCGUCAACGUAUACCCAACAGAGUAUUUACAGAUGAAGAUGGAGUAGAGCAUGUUGAGGUAAACUUCUACAUCCGUGGGCCUCAAGGAGCGGGGAAAGUGUACACGGAGAUGUUUAAAGACAAGGAAGAUAAGGAAUGGAAAUACACAUACCUGAUCGUAGAGGUUUUAACACCUUCCCCAGCCAAACUGAUGCUGGAGUCCUAUUUGCCCGCCUAA